GGGUCUUCUCCGCCUAUCACAAAUCUUGAUGGUACGUGGAUUAUCACUUUAAUCGACGGUUGGAUAUCGCAUUGGUUCGUUCUCCGGAGAUAAUCUCCUACUACUUCGCAGUACAGUAUGCUCUCUAAAAGCUGACAUCUGAGCGCAUGCGAUUUUGACCAACCACAUAUGCAUGAUGAUUUGUUAUCAAUGGACGACAAGCGAAGGCCGAUGACAAUGUGUUAGUACCUAAUGUCACCACCUCAGAUGGUUGUUGAGACAGAAUUGGGUAGACCCAGCACACCUGUAACUUUAUACUCCAUGCCAGUCUGGAUGACUGCAUCAGACUUGCUAGGAUCGUGCCCACUCAAGAUCAACAUUGCAUAUGCAGACUCUUCUCUUUUCUUUCUCGUUAAAAGUCUGGCCUGGUCUGAUCUGACAUUGUCUUGCUUUUGUCUUUCAUGCCUAAGCCAUAUCAGCUUUGGAAACAACCCUAGAACAGGCAUCAAGACAUCAAACCUUUCUCUUCUAAUGAACGAACUCUCGGGCAUGGAGAGCAAACCCGGUAUAUAUUUCGGGUUUCAGACAUCUAUCGAUAUGCUGGCCCGCAUGAUCACGAACUUGUCGCUUUCUUAUGCUCCUUCCUCGAAAACAGCUAUAAUAACAGCUGGAAAAAAAAAACCAUGGACUUGUGCUUUAAAGGAUGGUGGGGGGUUAUGUCGUUUGAAGGAUCGAGAAAGCAGAACAUCGUUCUCAGCAUGCAUUCUAUCAAAACACCCUUGUACUCGCCUACGCAGAGUGUCAGUGUUGGAUCCAAUGCCUGUCAAGCAUUCCCUAUCACAGUUCGAUCACAAUUCAAUCACAACUGUCACACCUAGAAGCCUUUCCACUCCAAUCGAAUGUCUCAAUCGUCAGCAACACUGUAGAAGACUUAUCUGUUCUAUUACGGGUCGCAUAUAUGCAGUACAUGUGUUGCGACAUGAAAUUCAGUCGGCCUUGUUGCUGUUGGCGAGUGAUUCAAUUGGAAACCGCAUGUUUAUGACUUGAGUCUAGAUCUAAUAAAACCGAGUGUAUCUCCCGCACUUUGAUGCAUCAUCGAAGUUCGUUGUAAUCGUCGCAUUUGAACCUCAUAAAUGAAUC